UUCAAUGCUGCUUUGUUUUCUCUCGGCACCUAAUAAUCUAUUUAUUGUUAUUUAAUACGUUUAUAUUUCAAAUUUAUCGGUUUAAAUUGGCGUUAGAAUGCAAAUGAGCAAUUUGUGUCGUUGUUGCUUGCAGCGGCCUCCUGAAAAGAAAUUGAAGUCUCCUUACACACGAUCGGGGAAAAUAGAAAUAUAUUCGAAUAUUCUCAAGGAAUGUUUCGAGAUACAUUUAACCUACCUGCCAAAUGAUGAUGAAUAUGGGAUCUGCGAGGUGUGUGUGGGACGGCUGCGGGAUGCAAGUGACUUCAAGCUGCAAGUGCAGCGCAGCCAGGAGCAGUUGCAGGCGUGGCUAUGGCGAGGGUGCAAUGUCAAAGAAGAAGAAAACUCACUGAAGGCGGAAAAUCCCGAUAACCCCACUGACGAGGAAUUACUGCAAUUGGAUCAACCAAUCAAGAUAGAGGUCUCAGAUCCCUUACCCACAGAGGAAGAGGAGUUCAAGCUAUCAAUAAGGGACCUCGAAAACCACACACUAGAUGUGUGCAAGCAAGAAUCGAUUAAAAUGUCCAUAAUUGAACACAGUCCCCGUGCAAAGAGCUGCAUCGAUGAGUUUGGUCCUGGCGUGGCGCUGAAAAAGGAACGAAAAUUCCGGAUGAACGCGAAAAACAAAAACCAAACAUACAACUGCGAUACUUGCGGAAGACAGUUUAAGCGGGAAGUCGGGUUGAACAUUCACAAAAAAACUCACACUAAAGGAGCUGUUGCUUGUGAAAUAUGCAACAAACAAUUUAGAUUUAGAUCUCGCUUAGAAGUGCAUAAAAAAAUACAUACUGGAGAGAAACCUUUUUGGUGUGAACAAUGCAAGAAAUGUUUUUCAGACAACUCAAAUUUAUUGAAACAUAAACUCACACAUAAUGGUGAAAAACCAUUCGGUUGCGAUAUAUGCAAGGCAAGAUAUGCUUCAAAACAAUACCUCGCGUCUCAUAUGGCGUUACAUAUGGGUGUGGUUACACAUUAUCGUUGCAAAUUAUGUCCAGUAAAGUUCACGGAUCGAAAAAAAUUAAGGAUACAUGUUAAAGGAAACCACAUUGGUCUAAAGUAUACUUGUGAUGUAUGUCAGCGAGUGUUCUAUACUAGAAGCGAAUUAACUCAGCAUUUGAAUGUACAUUUUAAGUGGUCUAUGCAUCCUUGCGAUAUUUGCGGUUUGACACUCUCGACAAAGAAUAGUUUGCAAAGGCAUAAAUUGGUGCACACGGGUGAUAGACCAUACACCUGUGAAAUAUGUAACAAACAGUUUAGGCACAAGCACUCCCUGAACGAUCACAUACUAACACACACCGGUGAAAAACCACACUGCUGCGAAGUAUGUGGGAAAAAAUUUGGAAAAAUGAGUAAUUUAAAGAAGCAUUUAGAAAUACAUGUGGAAGGAAAAAUAUACGCGUGCGAAUUUUGUACCAAGUCGUAUUCGACUUCUGAAGGUUUAAGGCAGCACAGACGCACGCACACGAAGAACAAACUGCAAGUGAAACCUAAAAUCAAAAAGGAAAAGAAACAUAAGUCAUUGGAGUCUUAAUCGGUUGUUUACAUAUUAAUAUAGCGAAAUUUA